GUAGCCCAGCCCCCACACGCCUAACCCGCCUGCCUGAACGGGGAGGGAAGCGCGCCUUAUGUGAAGCUCCUGUCUUCGCUGUGGGCAUUUUUCCAAAGCUGCGUCUCCGCUAUAGGACUUUACCAAAUGACACUGGCCACUACUUUGUGUUUUCACGCAACCGGAAGCUGUUUUCCACUUCUUUUUCGACACUUGUGCCAGCUAACGGCACAAAGACGCUCAGCCAGGCGGCUAGCCGAUGUAUGCUAACAGCGACUAGCUGGCUAACAACACAGCCGGUGAGGACGAGUAAGCGCAUCCAUGACACCCUGUUGAACCUCGGCCGACUCGCCCCGUCUCGCACGGUCGCCGUCACCGUCUCGGUCCGUCGACAUCGCCUGACAUAUGUUUUUUUCUGGCUAUCCCCGACCGAUGUUCCUGCCUAGCUCGGCGUUUGCCGCACGCUCUCUCGCUAGCCUCGCUGUGACACAAGGAUGGUGGCUGUACCGACAAAACACGCUAAUUGCACAAAGUGAGGCGAACAGUCCAACCAAGCGAGAUGAACCUGUAUAAUGUGUUCAUGUAAACCUCGGAGGUAAGAACGGAAAUCCUCGCUUGGCGUCACACUGACACUGGCAAUAUCGCUAACCGCUCAGUGGGGAUUAUUUUUUGUCCCUAAUUGGAUUUCGGCCUCCUGUUCUGGAUUGCCGUGGACGCACAGUUUAACCUUAAACUCUUUUCCGACGACCCCCUCCGCCCCCGUCACCCGGACAUCCCAGCCUCCUCCGAUGCGGAGAUUCCAGUGACACCGGCUACCAAACCUCCCGCGGCGGCCGGACAUGCUGAAGUGUAUCCCGCUGUGGCGCUGCAACCGCCACGUCGAGUCGGUGGAGAAGCGGCAUUGCAACCUGCAGGCGGUCCCAGAUGAGGUGUUCCGCUACAGCCGCAGCUUGGAAGAGCUUCUGUUGGAUGCCAACCAACUCAAGGAGCUUCCCAAGCCUUUCUUCAGACUACUGAACCUACGGAAGCUUGGCCUGAGUGACAAUCAAAUCCAGAGACUGCCUCCCGAGGUGGCCAACUUCAUGCAGCUGGUGGAGCUUGACAUAUCCAGAAACGACAUUCCGGAGAUCCCAGAGAGCAUUAAAUUUUGCCGGGCCUUGGAGAUCGCAGACUUCAGUGGAAACCCCCUCUCUAGAUUGCCGGAUGGUUUUACUCAACUGCGAAUACUGGCUCACUUGGCGCUCAAUGAGGUGUCAUUGCAAGCUUUGCCCAGCGACAUUGGAAAUCUGGCCAACCUGGUGACGCUGGAGCUAAGGGAGAACCUGCUUAAGUCCCUACCCACGUCACUGUCUUUCCUGGUGAAACUGGAACAGCUGGACUUGGGGAGCAAUGAACUGGAAGUGUUGCCGGACACCCUAGGUGCUUUGCCCAACUUGAGGGAGCUUUGGCUGGACCGGAACCAGCUUUCCUCGUUACCACCAGAGUUGGGGAACCUCCGGAGACUGGUGUGUCUGGACGUGUCUGAGAAUCGUCUUGAGGAGCUCCCGUCUGAGCUCAACGGUCUCCUGGCUCUCACCGACCUGCUGCUCACACAGAACCUGCUGGAGGUCAUUCCAGACAGCAUAGGAUGUUUGAAGCAACUUUCCAUUCUGAAGGUGGACCAGAACAGACUGACUCACCUGACUGACUCCAUAGGAGAGUGUGAAAAUUUGACAGAACUCGUAUUGACCGAGAACCUUCUCCAAACACUUCCUCGCUCGCUGGGCAAGCUGAAGAAGCUGACCAACUUGAAUGUAGACCGCAACCGCCUGGGCGCUGUGCCCAAAGACCUUGGGGGUUGCACCAGCCUCAAUGUGCUAUCGCUGAGAGACAACCGCUUGGGAAAACUGCCUGCCGAGCUCGCAGAUGCUACGGAGCUGCACGUUCUGGAUGUGGCCGGGAACAGAUUACAAAACCUCCCUUUUGCUUUGACCAACCUCAACUUGAAAGCCAUGUGGCUGGCAGAGAACCAGUCGCAGCCCAUGCUCAAGUUUCAGACGGAGGAUGAUGAACGCACAGGGGAGAAGGUGUUAACCUGUUAUCUGCUGCCUCAGCAGCCUUCGCCUAGCCUCGAGAACCUGUUACAGAACAGCGUAGAUGACAGCUGGACAGACACCAACCUGAACAGAGUGUCCGUCAUCCAGUUCCAGGAGGAGACGAAAGCCGAGGACGAGGAUGAUGAGGCUGCUGCAGAGCGUAGAGGCCUCCAGCGCCGAGCCACACCCCAUCCUAGCGAGCUGAAGGUGAUGAAGAAAGUAAUCGAGGAGAGGCGGAAUGAAGGCUUCACGUCUAGACCCGAGGGAGAUGAUCAGUUGUCUGAUGUGCAGGAAAAACGUCUCAGUGACCUUUCUAAUCAGAGCCAUGAUUCCCAGUUGUCCGACAGUACAGUGUCAGCCACCUCUCACGACGAUAGGUGGGAAGCUGUUGUCCCCUCCCAAAGACAUAGAGAGGACCUUGUGGAUGGUCACUCUCAUCAGGAGGAGGAGGGCCUGGAUGAAAUGGAGGUGGAGUACAUUGAGCCCACUGUGCACUUUGCAGAGGAGCCCAUCAUCCGCGUCGACAAUGAGGAAGACGGUGUAGAAGGUGAGGGGAGCGACGAGGACGACGAAAGGCCGCCCUUGCCUGCCGAGAAGCAACGUCUCAUCAGGAAGGACACCCCGCACUACAAGAAGCACUUCAAGAUCACCAAGUUGCCCAAGCCUGAGACAGUGGCGGCACUGCUGCAGGGCUUCACCCCCGACGGCCUCAGCUCACCGACCCAGGCCGCCGAGGACGAGCAGGACGAGGAGGAAGAGGACACCAUUAGCACCCCUCUGCUCUGUCACAGAAUGGAAGCAUCGGAGCUGGAGGACAGCCGGUACCACGUCAAUUCCAGCCAGGUCAAGGGGGUGUCAUUUGAUCAAGUCAAUAAUCUGCUGAUUGAACCUGCUCGAAUAGAGGAGGAAGAGCACACCUUAACCAUCCUGCGCCAAACAGGCGGCCUCGGCAUCAGCAUCGCCGGCGGGAAAGGAUCAACGCCAUACAAGGGGGAUGAUGAGGGGAUUUUCAUCUCAAGAGUUUCAGAGGAUGGUCCUGCAGCUAAAGCAGGAGUCAAAGUGGGAGACAAACUACUGGAGGUGAACGCUGUAGACCUUCACGAGGCUGAGCAUCACACUGCCGUGGAAGCGCUCCGCAGCUCCGGUGCGGCUGUCUCCAUGACGGUGUUGCGCGAGCGCAUGGUGGAGCCGGAGAACGCCAUCACCACCACACCGCUGAGGCCAGAAGAUGACUACUUCCCACGGGAGAGACGCAGCAGCGGGCUAGCCUUCAAUGUGGAGGAUGGUCACAAGAGUGGGCCUCUACAGCGGCUUUCCACCUGUCUUAUUCGAAAUGACAAAGGGCUGGGAUUCAGCAUCGCUGGGGGAAAGGGCUCCACUCCCUACCGCACAGGGGACACAGGAAUUUACAUCUCUCGCAUUGCAGAGGGUGGAGCAGCCCACAGGGACAGCACGCUACGUGUUGGUGACAGGGUCAUCUCUAUCAAUGGUGUAGACAUGACAGAGGCCAGACAUGACCAGGCAGUAGCGCUCCUUACUGGCACCUCACCCACCAUCGCCCUCCUGGUGGAGCGAGACCCCAACGCACCACGUUCGCCGGGUCUGUCCCGGCAGCGAGCCCACUCUCCUCCGCCCCCAGAACCCUCGGACUCUCCAGACCAGGAAGAAGAGGGCCUUCCCGGAAACCAACUAGGUCAGGUGGAUGAUUAUCCCAUCGAGGAAGUGACUUUGGUCAAGUCGGGCGGUCCUCUCGGCCUGAGCAUCGUGGGAGGCAGUGACCAUGCGAGCCACCCUUUUGGCAUCAACGAACCUGGAGUGUUCAUCUCCAAGGUGAUUCCUCACGGCCUGGCGUGUCAGAGUGGGUUGCGUGUGGGCGACAGGAUACUAGAGGUGAACGCUAUCGACCUGCGUCACGCCACGCACCAAGAGGCUGUGCGUGCGCUGCUGGCCAACAAGCAGGAGAUCCAAAUGCUGGUACGCAGGGACCCUUCGCCGCCUGGCAUGCAGGAAGUUGUAAUCCAUAAGCAGCCUGGGGAGAAGCUUGGCAUCAGUAUACGCGGUGGUGCCAAAGGUCACGCCGGAAACCCUUUUGACCCAACAGAUGAGGGCAUCUUUAUAUCUAAGGUGAGCUCAAGUGGCGCUGCUGCACGAGACGGCCGAUUACAAGUGGGCAUGCGCAUCCUGGAGGUGAACAACCAUAGCCUGCUGGGCAUGACGCACACAGAGGCUGUGCGGGUACUCCGGGCUAUUGGCGACUCCUUGGUGAUGCUGGUGUGUGACGGCUUCGACCCGCGCAACGUGACUAUAGUUGAGCCAUCUCCUGGCAUCAUCGCAAACCCUUUUGCAACAGGCAUCGUCCGUAAAAACAGUAUGGAGAGUAUCUCUUCUAUAGACCGAGACCUGAGCCCAGAGGAGAUGGACAUCAUACAAAAGGAGUCUGAGAUGGUGCGAGAGACUUCGCAGUGGGAGAAAGAAGAGAUGGAGAAAGUGGAGCGUAUGCGUUUGGAGCGAGAGGAGGCAACUCGCCUGCUUGAAGAGGAAACUCAGAACAUUGGCACUGGACCUUUAAAGCUGGACUAUAAAACUCUGGCAGCACUACCCACAACCAGCUUGCAGAGGAUCAAUAGGUUCUCUUCCUCUGUAAGUCUGACCACCCCCAUGGAGGCCACCCUGCAGGCCCAGUACGGAGCCCCGUUAGAGGCCCUGGGUUUCGGCUUAAGCCACCCCUCGAACCACCACAUGGAUCUGGUGUCCUCUUCCCCCAGUCCGAUCAUAGAGCACGGACUCUCCAACACGGACAGUGUCAGUUCAGUCACUUUGUCAGUAUUAUCCGAGGAGGAGGAAUGCCUGGUGGAUUCUCAGUCCAUCUGCUUCAAGGAAAACCCUUUUUUGGUGGCAAACCGCAAAGGCAAGGGCCUACCGCCUGGCGAGCGGAUCCUAUCGGGUCCGCCAGUGGGCUACGGGAAGCAGGGCCAGCUGCAGCCUUGGUUGUUCAGCAAGACACCUUCUUCUGAGUACACCAGGACAGACAGUCCAGUCAGAGAUGUAUCUUACUCUCCCACCAUCCAACCGCCCAGCCACCACUCUUCCAACAGCUCCCUGUGUUCUGGCAGGGAGACCCGCUUCGCAAGCAUUCAUUUCACUUCCACCCCCAACAGCAAGGACCACCUUCCAUCAUCUACACGGCCGGGUGCCAUCCUGCCGGUUGGGCGCGUGCGGCCAAGCGCCUCGCUGGCAACUCCGGACGGCAACAGUCCCAGCCCCUUCCAGCAUGGCCCCUCCCCCUUCAACUCCCAGACCUCUCCUCGGGCCCCUUCCCCCACCUCGCCCGACGAGUUUCCCAUGAAUGCCAAGCAGGCGUACAAGGCGUUUGCCGCCGUGCCUCGCUCGCUGGCAGUGCUGGAGCCGCCGCAGGACCUAUAUGCCGUAAGGAACAAUUUCCAUCCAAAGCAACCUUCUCCGGAGCCUCAAUUGAACAACGAAGUGUUCGACGACUGUAUUUACGGUCAGGAGGGAGCCAAUAAAGGUGGGACCAGCCAGAUCGGCGCCCGGUCCUCCCUCUCCCCUGACCUUUUGGAGUACAUGAGCCUGGCCGCUGUGCCUCGCCAUUCCAGGCCGUCCCUGGACAUGCAGAGUCCGUCGCCCAGUGGCAAGGACAGCCCAGAGCAGCGCUCAUUCAGGGACAGACAGAAAUACUUCGAGAUUGACGUGAAGCAGCAAACGCCUGACAGGCCCAAACCUCGUGUCUCGCUCGUUGGUGAGGAUGACCUGAAGAAAAUGAGAGAGGAGGAAGAGCGUAAGUUUGAGCAGCGUGCGCGGGAGUACUUACUGGACGAAGAAGACGAGGAUGAGGACGAGGACCUUUCCAAGCAUGUGGCACAGAUGAAGGUCACAGGCAAGGUGUUGCUGGACGGAGUAGAGUACAACGUGGAGCCGGUGUCCACGCCAUCGCACUUAUGCUCCACGCCUCCCAGCUACUGUGGAAGUUCAGGGCCCUCGUCAGUAGAUGGUAGAGGAGACACCCCGAGGAAUUCGCUGGAGGACAGCUUUAGACUGGAACAGCGACCCAACUCUAUGGCUGGGCUGAUCCCAGUCUACGGCAGCGAGUCCGCAGCUCCCAUCCGCACUGCCAAAGCGGAGCGCAGACACCAAGAAAGACUCCGCAUGCAGAGUCCGGAACUGGCCACAGCCCUAGAAAAGGACCUCUCCCCGGCCGAGAAGCGAGCCCUGGAGGCGGAGAAGAGAGCCAUGUGGAGAGCAGCACGUCCCUUAGGCUUGGAGGACGAUGUUAGGCAGUAUGAGCAGGACCUAGCUAAGAGGCUCUACCAAGCUCGAGUGAGGGCUUCUCAGGGCACAGCCCCUGCCUCCGAUACUCCCUCCUCUGCUGCCUCCCAGCUCAGGAUGAAAUCGCUGGAGCAGGACGCGCUCAAAGCCCAGAUGGUCAUCGCCAAGUCUCGGGACGGGAAGAAACGCGGAACGCUGGAUCAACUAACGGAAUCGCCCUCACCGGCGCCCACACCCUCUCCCACCCCAAUUGACGAGCUCAGUCCUCGAGGACUAACUUCUUCGGGCAGACUGUCCCUGUCGUCAAAGACGUUUGACUACCGACAGUUUGCCGCCAUUCCUUCUUCCAAACCAGUAUACGACAUCCAGUCUCCUGACGCGGUGGACGACCUGCAGUACAUUGACGACGCCUCCCAGCAUCCAGUCUCCGCUGCCGGUCUGGAGGCCGAGGUCUCCACCCCCUUGUCCGCCACCUCGGCCUUGGAGGAGAUGGCCCUCUACAGCAACAAGCGCAAACUGCGACAAGGGCGCCGCAGUCUGGAGACGGCCGUGCCCACGUAACACCACUCAGACACACACAUCCAGCGAGGAAGGGCUGGGGUGUGCAGCAUCAGUAUAUACACUACACUCUUUUACAGCCACCCUCGCAUCCCGCGUGCCAGCCUUGCCUUCAGUCGCCGUGGAGACAAGACCACAUCCCUUUUGCUUUGUUGCCUGUUAGAGACUGAUGAUUUUUUUAGCUUUUUAUUUUUUUAAAUCUCCCCGAAAAAUGGAGAAGAAAAAGAAGAAGAAGAAAUGGGUCGUAGCUGUAACUAACUAAUGUGUGAAAUGCUAUUUUUCCGUGACUAAAUUGUAAAAGGUGUUUUUGGGAGUGUAAAUAAUAGUAAGAUGACAUCCUGCUACCUUCACACUCGCACUGUGGAGAGCUUUAAAAAAUCAUAUCAUUAUAGCACUGCCAUACAUCUUUUAGAGUAAUUUAUUAUUUUUAAUCCAAUGUAUUUUACUGUUGAGCACAAAGAGAAGAGUGUAACAUUCCCCUCUAAUAAUAUCAUAUCAAUAUCAUUUUUACAAGAAUGGUACUUAACCCUCAGCCCCCACUGGCUUCCUAUUUUCAAUCAAUGUGGUUAAUGAAGCGAGACGUGAAGGUAGCGGAUGCUUUAUUUUUCUGUCUAUGGGCUAAUUUAAUAAUCUGACAACACUGAGAAAUCAUUUCUUAUGGUGUGAAUAGUGUACAAAUAAUGAGAGAAAAGAAAAUGUUUUGUGGUAAAACUGAGCCAAUGUUGACCAAGCAAGUGUUUGGACUGCUGAUGCAUCGACCUGGGCAUGUUUCUUUCAAUGGCUCACUUAAUAAUAAUACUAAAAACAUAUCUGACAUCCUUGCAUAGCCACAACAUAAAUGCUGUUCUAAUUUUAGCUGUGCAAGUCGCUCACGGACUGAAUAUAACUAUUAGUUGUUGUUGUUUUUUUACCAUACUUGCUUUUAAUGAACGUUUUGUUUAAAAUUUUUGUUUUUAGUUGUGUUUUUUUCGGACUGAGUUGACGACUGGCAGCGCUGUUUGGCACUUUGGCUUCAGCCAGUUCCAUUGUCGGACAGGACCACGUGCUGAACGAUAGAGGUGGGCCAUACUACGAAUGUUGGUAUCGAUGUGAUACCAUGGCCGACAAUAUUUAUUAAGAAUUAUUUUUUGUAACUAAUCCCAAUAAAACAUAAAAUACAAUAGAUACAGUCUUGACAAUAUCCCAACACUUAUUUGUAAAGAAAUGUAACAAUAUCAAUACAAUUCUACAUAUUCUCUGAUGUAUCACAUUCAAUUGUUCGAGAAAAAUAAAGUGGAAAUUGAAGCUUAAACUAUAUUAAAAUAAUUAGGCUACCUAUAUUUGUUUAUAUAAUUGAACAGCACAACAAUAAAACUAAAUAUUGGUAUUAUUACGCCAGUAUCAACGAUAUCGAUCUUGAAUGGAUCCGCCCACCUCAGGCGUUCAGCUUCCAUAGUCGGACAUGGCCAAGUGCUGAUUAAACAAAAUGAUAAGUCAGAAGUAAAAACAUGUUAUAUUCGUCUGUUUUGUUGAUGUAGCUACUUGUUUCCAUUUGUUUAACUGGGAGGAUACCGGGAGUCGAUCGUCUCUGUCCAGACUCAGCUGAUAGGUUCCAUUGCAUGGGGCUAAAACCAAGCCAAGUGCUCUGCUAUUCCUCUGUAAAGACAUACAAAUCAACGGUUUAAUUUUUAUAAAUAAAUGUUUUAAAGUCAUGAAGAA